AUGUCGAGCACAACCGUCACCCUCACCGAGACUCGGCCUCAGCCAAUGACGGCCGACACCAUCCUUCGCCUGUUCCCCGACAUCGACACCAGCUCGGAGGCUCUUUCCGGUCACGAUGAGGAGCAGAUUCGGCUGAUGGAUGAGGUCUGCAUCGUGCUCGAUGACAACGAUGUGCCUGUUGGCAAGGCUAGCAAGAAGCUCUGCCAUUUGAUGUCCAACAUCGACAAGGGAUUGCUGCACCGAGCCUUUUCCGUCUUUCUGUUCAACAGCAAGAACGAACUGCUUCUGCAGCAGCGUGCCUCGGAGAAGAUCACUUUCCCCGACAUGUGGACCAACACAUGCUGCUCGCACCCGCUCGCGGUUUCGGGUGAGACUGGCUCGACGCUGCCAGACGCCGUUGAGGGCGUCAAGCGAGCCGCCCAGCGCAAGCUGGAACACGAACUCGGCAUCAAGAAGCAGCAGGUCCCCCUUGAAAAGUUUCGAUUCCUCACACGGAUCCACUACAAGGCUCCCAGUGACGGCCAAUGGGGAGAACACGAAAUCGAUUACAUCCUCUUCAUCAAAACUGAGGUCGACCUCGACAUCAACCGGAAUGAAGUCCAGGCUACUCAAUAUGUGGGCGCCGAUGAGCUCAAGAAACUCUUCCAAGACCCGUCCCUGAAGUUUACACCGUGGUUCAAGCUCAUCUGCCACUCGAUGCUGUUUGAGUGGUGGGAGAACCUUGACUCUGGUCUCGAAAAGUACACCGACGAGCAGCAAAUUCGGCGCAUGUAA